AGAUGAAUAUUUUGUAAAAUAUGUUGUAGGAAAAAAAAUGAGAACAUUGAAAAAAAAACGAAGCGGAUGGAUAAUUUAAGGCGUUUUUAAAAAGGUAUACGAAACUGCUGCAGUAAAUAUCAUCAUCAUUUAUAGUGUGAAAUGAAUCAAUCGUUGUAUGUUUUGUGCAGGUUUCUCUUCUCUUCUAUAAAUAGCAUUUUAUGAAACCAUAAUGUAUUAAGUAUGAAUGUAUCGGUGGAAACAAUAAAAGUGAGGGAGAAACGCGAAGCAAACAUUUUCCUUGACUGCGUCAUCGGAGUAACUUUAAUUAAUUUAAAUUAAAAUUGAAUGUUUUACUGUUUACUACUGAUCCCGUUUCGUUAAACGUCGGGUGUUAAAAACGACCCCGCGCAGCUUGCAAGGGCGUAAUUUAAACCACAUCGAAGUGUAGAUUAAUUACUCGUUAUAUGACACUUGUAUUUAUUUAUUCAUUUAGUCAACAUCUACCAUCGCAUACUUAGUGUCUCUCAAGCUAAUCUAAAGUCAUACAUACGUUAUCGCUUGUCAGAAUUUGGCUUGAGGAGUUGAUUCAAUGUGUUCAAUGUGUUAACGCCUGCAGUGAAUAGCUUGCAGUAUGUACAGACAGACCUUGAUCACAUUUGCGCACAACUUAUAUAUAUAUAAAAUUUUAUAUUAUUGAAAGAAACGAACCAACACACAUCGGUACAUCGACAUUUCCACUGGAUUUAAAAUACCCAGAUCUUCAUAUCAUCUCCUAGAAAGUAAAUGUAUUUUUAUUGAGCAAAUACGCGCACAUACAGACAUAUUUUUGAGUCUCGGAAAUGAUAGCCUGCAUUGUGCUGCGAAGACAUUCUGAAUAAGUGAAGCAAUUCGGCACAACUUGUAGUUUUCUUUUGCCCGACAGAACAUCAGAUUACGUUAUUGUUUCGGCGCGCUGUCAACCGGUCGCUUUAAAAUGAUUCAUGUGGGUGAGAAUACUUGGAAUUUGCGGAUCUAUAUAACAGAUUUGCAAGUGGAAAGGCAUCUGAGGGUGCGCGGUGAUCAACAUAUUGGUGGAAUUAUGCUGCAAUUAGUAGAUCCUGAAAAUCCAAAAGAUUGGUCAGAUCACGCUUUAUGGUGGCCCGAAAAAAAUAUAUGGCUAUCUCGUACCCGUUCCACUUUGGAUCAAGUGGGCGUUCAAGCAAACAGUUUAUUGCACUUUACACCAAUGCACAAAAUAUUGCGCGUUCAAAUGCCGGAUUUACGUCACAUUGAUUGUCGAGUAGAUUUCUCAAUAAAAACAUUUGCUGCUGUUGUUCAUUUAUGCAAAGAUUUGGAUAUACGACACCCCGAAGAACUGUCACUGUGUAAGCCCUUGGAAUCUGAACAUCUGAAGAAAAACUUUGCUAAAUUUCCUCCAAAAAAGAUACCUAUAAUAGAGCCGGAUGGUACUGUGUAUUUGCAACCAGCUGCUGAUACAAACUCUUUCAUACCUAUAAACUCAACGUAUCAUGGUAGCAACGGUAGCUUAGAUAGAAGUCAUAAUGGCAAUUUUCUUUGUGCGCCAGUAUCCCCAUACGCUACCACGCCAAGAAAAGCCGGUACUGCACCCGGCACUCCGAUCAGUUCACCUACUGGUACCUGGAAACAUAGCAGCAGCGGUUAUACAACAUAUGACUCCUCCUCAAGUCUUGGAGACUUUCAGGAAAAUUUAGCUGCUUCACCUCGUAUACCUAGUCCGGACGUUCGAAAUCGUUUGAUACGUCCAAAAACUUUGAUUGAAAAGGCUCGUAUGAAUAUAGGCUGGCUUGAUUCAUCGCUAUCCAUUAUGGAGCAAGGUAUACGCGAGUACGAUACUUUAUGCUUGAAAUUUAAGUAUUAUACUUUCUUUGACCUUAAUCCAAAAUACGAUCAAGUUCGCAUUAAUCAAUUGUAUGAGCAGGCAAAGUGGUCGAUAUUGAAUGAAGAAUUUGACUGCACGGAAGAGGAAAGCCUAAUGUUCGCGGCUUUACAAUUUCAAAUAAAUCAACAAAAUGAUACUUAUCCGGGUCUGGAUUUCCCCAUCGAUUCCUCUAAUGGUACCGACGAUGACAUUGACUCGGCUCUGAAUGAACUGCAAAUAACUCUUGAGGGUCCGAAUAUUAAUAAAGAGGGUAACAUUACCAAAAUUCCGGAAUUGUCCGAUUAUUUACGUUUUUUGAAACCAAAAAAAUUCACCAUGAAAGGUUACAAGCGGUAUUUCUUUACUUACCGUGAUUUACAUUUACAUUUGUAUAAAAGUGCUGAAGAGUCGCGACGCGGAGCUCCCGCAAUUACAAUUAAUCUUCGUGGCUGUGAGGUAACGCCAGACGUGAUUUUAUCCCAAAACAAAUUUGCCAUAAGAUUAGAAGUUCCGCCAGAAGGUAGUAUUGGUCCAAAUACUGAAGUGUGGAUUCGAUGUGAAACUGAAGAGCAGUAUGCUAAAUGGAUGGCUGCUUGCCGUUUGGCUUCAAAAGGCCGCUCCCUCGCUGACAGUUCUUAUGACAGCGAAGUAUCUAAUAUAAGAACUUUAUUAAGCUUGCAAAAGCCUACACAGGGCGCAUCAGUGAAUGUCGAUCCACGCUCCGUAGACGCAAAUGAAUAUUUAUCAUCGAAAAUGUUACGAAAACUCUCAAACAAAUCGGCUCAUCGCAUUCUGGAAGCUCAUGCCAAUGUUCGUAAACUUUCCCUAAUUGAUGCAAAAACGAAAUACAUUCAAGCGUGGCAAUCUUUACCUAACUUUGGUGUCUCUCUGUUUGUCAUCAAAUUCGACGGUCAUAAAAAGGAAGAAUUACUUGGUGUGGCACAUAAUCGCAUAAUGCGUAUGGAUUUGAAUACUGGUGAUCAUAUUAAAACGUGGCGGUACAAUACCAUGAAAGCUUGGAAUGUCAAUUGGGGCAUUAAGUGUAUGAUGAUACAAUUUCACGAUGAGAAUGUUGUUUUCUCAUGCCUCUCGGCCGAUUGCAAAGUUGUCCAUGAAUUUAUAGGCGGUUACAUAUUUAUGUCUAUGCGUUCAAAAGAAAAUAAUCAAACUUUAAACGAGGAAAUGUUUCAUAAAUUAACAGGGGGGUGGAUCUGAAAUAUCAUAUCCAAUAUUACAUGUACAAGGAUUACGUGAAUUUGCAUCAAACACAACAACAAACUGCUUUGCACUUAUACACUUAGUAUUGAAUAAUUUUAUAAAUAAUUAUUAAUCUUACAAAUAACAUAAUUAAAUAUCGAUUUGUGCAAGUAACACAAUUUAAAAAAAAAGCAUACAUUCGUGCGUAUGUAUCUCUCUAUGUAAAGAAAAAAUCCAGUGCAAAUACGAUCCAAGACAAUAAUGGAGAAUAUUAAUCAUAUUAUAGCAAUUUUAAGUACAUCCGUAACGUUAAGGGAAAUGAGUUUUUUUUCGCGAUUUUAAUGUGUUUGCUAAUAAA